CCAUUCCUGAAGCUGCUUCUUAACACUGAGAAGCCAAGGGAUGCCAUUGUGACUGGCGUGUGAGAUCAGUCUUCCCCAGAGGAGACUGCACAAAGCCCAGAGUAUAGGGCGGUCGUCUUUCCAGUGAGGCCAUCCAGCAACUGCCAGAACAGCAGCCUGCUCACAGACCCACUGCACAGCUCAUCUUGCCUGAACUCGCCCAGUCGACAUGAUGAACAUCAAGGCCUUCACCUUAGUCUCUGCUGUGGAGCGUGACUUGCUUAUGGGCGACAAAGAGCACAUCAGCAUUGAAUGUGUGGAGUGCUGCGGCAGGAACCUCUAUGUUGGCACCAAUGACUGCUUCAUAUACCAUUUCCUGUUGGAGGAGAAGGCUCUGCCUGCAGGGACAGCUAUGUUCACUGCCACCAAGCAGCUGCACAGACACCUGGGCUUUAAGAAGCCUGUGAAUGAGCUGUGCGCAGCCUCAGCCCUCAACAGGCUGCUGGUCCUUUGUGACAACUCUAUCACCUUGGUCAACAUGUUAAACCUGGAGCCCGUCCCCUCUGGGGCCCGUAUCAAAGGGGCCACAACAUUUGCACUGAACGAGAAUCCUGUGACUGGAGACCCUUUCUGCGUGGAAGUGUGCAUCAUCUCCGCAAAGCGCAGGACCAUCCAGGUGUUUCUGGUGUAUGAAGACCGUGUGCAGAUUGUCAAGGAGGUGUCCACCCCAGAGCAGCCUCUUGCUGUGGCUGUGGAUGGUCACUUUUUGUGCCUGGCCCUGACCACACAGUACAUCAUCCUGAACUACAGCACAGGCCUCUCCCAGGACCUGUUUCCAUACUGCAGCGAGGAGAAGCGGCCCAUCGUCAAGAGGAUAGGCAGACAGGAGUUCCUGUUGGCUGGCCCAGGAGGCCUGGGCAUGUUCGCUACUGUGGCCGGUAUUUCCCAGCGUGCCCCUGUGCACUGGUCUGAGAAUGUGAUCGGGGCAGCUGUUUGCUUCCCAUAUGUCAUAGCACUUGAUGAUGAAUUCAUCACAGUUCACAGCAUGUUGGAUCAGCAGCAAAAACAGACCUUGCCAUUUAAGGAAGGCCACAUUCUGCAGGAUUUUGAAGGAAGAGUGAUUGUUGCCACAAGUAAAGGAGUUUACAUCUUGGUUCCAUUACCUCUGGAAAAACAAAUACAGGAUCUGCUAGCAAGCCGGAGAGUCGAGGAAGCUUUGGUCUUGGCAAAAGGAGCCCGGAGGAACAUUCCAAAGGAGAAAUUUCAGGUAAUGUACAGAAGAAUUUUGCAGCAAGCCGGCUUUAUACAGUUUGCACAGCUCCAGUUUCUGGAAGCUAAAGAGCUCUUCAGAAGCGGCCAGCUGGAUGUCCGGGAGCUGAUCUCUCUCUACCCUUUCCUGUUGCCCACCUCCUCUUCAUUCACCCGGUCUCACCCUCCUCUUCACGAGUAUGCAGACCUGAACCAGCUGACCCAGGGUGACCAGGAGAAGGUAGCCAAGUGCAAGCGCUUCCUCAUGAGCUACCUGAAUGAAGUCCGUAGCUCAGAGGUCGCAAAUGGCUACAAGGAAGACAUUGACACAGCUCUGCUCAAGCUGUAUGCAGAGGCCGAUCAUGACAGCCUGCUGGACCUCCUGGUCACUGAAAACUUCUGCCUGCUGACAGAUAGUGCUGCCUGGCUGGAGAAGCACAAAAAGUACUUUGCACUUGGACUGCUCUACCAUUACAAUAACCAGGACGCUGCUGCGGUUCAGUUGUGGGUGAACAUUGUGAAUGGGGAUAUCCAGGACUCCACACGCUCAGACCUGUAUGAAUACAUUGUUGAUUUUCUUACCUACUGCUUAGACCAAGAGCUUGUGUGGACCUAUGCUGACUGGGUCUUGCAGAAAAGUGAGGAGAUUGGAGUUCAAGUUUUCACCAAGAGACCAUUGGAUGAACAGCAGAAGGCUAGUUUUAAUCCAGAUGACAUCAUCAGCUGCCUUAGAAAAUACCCUAAAGCCCUGAUUAAGUAUCUGGAACACCUUGUGAUUGACAGGAAACUGCAGAAAGAACAGUACCACACCCACUUGGCCAUCCUCUACCUAGAAGAGGUGCUGCAGCAGCGGGUGCCGUCCAGCAGCAAGGAUGCCAAAGGCACUGAGACACAGGCCAAACUCCGGCACCUGCUCCAGAAAUCCGACUUGUACCGUGUCCACUUGCUGUUAGAGAAGAUCCAGGGUGCCGGCCUGCCUAUGGAAAGUGCCAUCCUCCAUGGGAAGCUGGGCGAGCAUGAGAAGGCCCUGCAUAUCCUGGUGCAUGAGCUGGGAGACUUCUCUGCGGCCGAGGACUACUGCCUGUGGGGCUCCGAGGGUCGGGAUGCGUCCUGCCGCCAGCGCCUUUUCCACACACUGCUUGCCAUGUACCUCCAUGCCGGCCCCUCUGCCCAGGACCUGACCGUGGCUGCAGUGGACCUGCUGAACCAUCAUGCCAGGGAAUUUGACGCUACCCAGGUGCUACAGAUGCUGCCCGGCACCUGGUCUGUGCAACUGCUCUGCCCAUUCCUCAUGGGGGCCAUGAGGAACAGCAUCCAUACCAAGAGGACCACACAGGUGGCUCUUGGCCUAGCCAGGUCAGAAAACCUGAUCUACACAUAUGAUAAGAUGAAGCUAAAGGGAAAUGCAGUCCAACUUUCAGACAAAAAGAUUUGCCAGCUCUGCCAGAACCCUUUUGCUGAACCUGUGUUUGUUAGAUACCCAAAUGGAGGGCUCGUUCAUACCCACUGUGCUGCCAGCAGACACACGACGCCCAGCUCACCAAGCCCUGGCACUCGGACUUGAAAAGCUUGGCUCCAGGGUACCAAGAGGACUCCAAGUUUUUUCCCAAGCCUGCUGAAUGCAAGGAGCAGGCAGUCACCAUGCUUUGUGCCAGGCAGGACAAAGGAAAGGCAUCUGAGUGCCAGGGAGAUGCCAUCCCUAGGACAUGCCACCUCACUACUGACUACUCUUUGUGUGAAUGUAAAUGGGAAAGCCCUAAAAAUCCCCCAAACAGUGACAGGCAGGGGUCUGGGUGACAGUCAUCAAAGCACAAGCCAUCUUUGAAAGAAGGGAGCAUUGCCUGGGUACUCCAGACAUGGGUGUGGCCUCCACCUCCCACCUCAGUCAUGGGCACUGGAAUUGUGACUCCAUGGGGUCGGAGAGUAAAGCCCUGUCUCUCUGGGGCAAGUGUCCAGUGUGCAGAGCCCUGCGAUGGACCCCCGCCUUCCUGAGGAGGUGUGAUCUCCAUCCACCCCCGGGCUCUGCUUUGUCACUACAAGUGGACAUAGUUUUUGUUCCUUCUGCCUCAUUUACCUCAGCAUUCACUUGGGGGAGAGUGACACUUUGGGUUGCCUAGCACCCGGAGAUUACCUAGAAACACAAAGCUCCAAGCAUAAAGUCUCCCAUCCUGAAGACUGCAGCAGAAAGGGGACAUCCAGGGUGCAGGGUGGAGGGCCAGGGGCAGGUUCCUUUCCAUCCAUCUGUUGACAGGAGACACCUCAAUGAACAGGUGCAACUAAAUGUUUCAAUUUGAACUUACAUCAUCUUUGUGGUUUUUCAUUCAGAACUUCAUCUGCCAUAUUCUUUACUGAUUUUUUUUUCUCAUUAAAAUGUACCUCCUACUGAACACUUGGGAAAUUAAAAAGGGAAUCUGAUGUGAUAAGCUGAACUGAGGGAGCUGUCCAGGAGAGAAGUUGAUAUUAGCCUGGUCAUGGUGGCAGGUAGGCAGCAGGCAGAGCUGCCUCUGCCUCCACCCCUGACCAAGGCACUUUUAUUCCUGGAAGUUGCUUUUGCACAACCUUAAGAAGUCCAGCACGAUGCCUUAUCUGCCGGCAUUCUUUAUGCCUGUCCUGAGCUUUCCUGAGCCCUCAGAGGAAAGGUGUCAUCCGUGACCAACCAACCCUCUCUUUGUUUCUGUAUUGCCACAGACAAGCUGCAACUCUUGCCAUUUCACUGCCCUCUUUUGAAUCUCCUCAUUAGGAUGAUCAUUCUGUGAGGACCUCACAGGAAAGACAGCACACUCCCUACCAUGAGGCUUGGGAAGCAGGCGUCAGAUGGUUGCCCUGACAGAAGGGUCCUGGAACACACCCUCCCUCUGUCAGCCUGACUCUCCCUUGGGCCGAUGAAGAGCUCACAGUCUAUUCUUUACAAAAUGUUUUCUGUACUUACAAUGAUCAGUGUGUCUUUUUCCUUUUGGGAUUUCAAGUAUGCCAAGAAGCAAAAGCAUCCAUGCACUGUUUGGGGGCUGUGUUAAGUGUCGUCUAAAGAAUAAACGAUGAAAUCUCUUUGUAGCUGCACUGUAUGCUGUGUAAAUGUGUGCAUCUGAAGCCAGGCAUGAGCGUCCCUGGGGAUGACUGUUGCAGAAUGCUGCAUGUCAUUACAACCUGCGAAUUGGGGUUCUAUUCCGCAAGAGUGAGAUACCAUAAUUCAGCACUGCACUGUUAAAGCACUGUUGUAUCUACACAAAGGGGGUGCGGCCUUGGAAAAGGCUUGUGAAUGCUCACUCCUAACCUGGGAACACUCUCCUCUGUUUUUCUCUGAACAGCGAUCAUCACUAUUUUGAAAUGUCUGUAAUCCUUUCAAAGAUUGAAAAUUAAAGUUGAGCAGUUUCCCAUCUCUACCACUUCUUUGACACAAGCAGAAUUCUACAGCAACAUGAAGAAUCAGCUCAUAUGUUAAAAACCGUCCUCUCUAACAUUCUCACACUUUCACAAGGUCCUUUUCUCAAAUCCUGUUUAUGAGACACAUGGUUCUUUCUCACAGACCUGCUGUUUUGUGGCUGUGCCAUUGAAUAGAGCAGUUAGAACUCACUGAUGUUCAGGCCUUUCCCCACUCAUUAGGCUCCAUGUAAACGCUCCAGUUACAGCAGCGUGGGCCAAGCUGUUUACAGUAAUAUUUAGUGGGCAAUACUAUUUAAUUUUAUGAACUGUUUACCUGCUGUUGCCUACCAGGUGUUAUUGUAGGGGUGUCAUAUAAACUGUGGACACUGGGUUUGAGUGUAGAACCUGAGAGACUUGGUGAGCUGUGCUUGUCACCAAGGAGCACAGUGAGGUGGUGGCAGGCUCAUACUGUCACAUGGGGGCCUGCUCACAGUGGGGAAGCCCGUGUUCUCUGCUUGCUGUCCCAUAAAAACCUUUGUCCCUGCCACUUUUCCUUUACCUCUGAUUGGAUCCCAAAUACACAAAUGUACAAAUGUAAAUUUGUUUUUAUUAAAAUCUUCUAAUUCUUU